AAGACAACAAUGGAUGGUCCCUGCAAUUUGAUAAACAUUAUACAAAGGACAAAUACAAUAAACUGAAAUCUCUGUAUGCAUUUCAGACAAAGACACCUGAGUGCUUGGCUGGUGCUGUGCCAGCAGAGUGCACCUGCCAAAGGCUGGAGGUCUUCUGCGAUGCUGCCAAAUUGCGUGCGGUCCCCUCAGUCUCUUCAAACAUAACCAUAAUGUCUCUUCAGAGGAAUCUGCUAAGGAAACUUUCUGCUGACAUUUUCAAGAAAUAUCAAGACCUUAAAAAUCUCUAUCUUCAGAAUAACAGAAUCAGAGCUGUAUCUGAACGCGCUUUCAAAGGUUUAUACAACUUGACAAAACUAUACCUGAGUAACAACAAGAUAACCAGUUUGAAGCCUGGCGUCUUUGCAGAUCUCCACAGACUUGAAUGGCUGAUAAUUGAAAAUAAUAAGAUAAAUCGGAUCUCUCCAUUAACAUUUUACGGACUCAAAUCACUUAUUCUCCUAGAGAUGAUGAAUAAUUCUCUUUCUCGUUUGCCUGAUAAACCUCUGUGCCAAUAUAUGCCAAGACUAAACUGGCUAGAUCUUGAAGGCAACCAUAUCCAUCAUGUAAGAAAUGUCACUUUCAUCUCCUGCAACACUCUAACUGUACUGGUGAUGAGACGAAAUAAAAUCAGCUCUUUAAAUGAAAACAGCUUUUCUUCUCUCCAGUUGUUAGAUGAAUUAGAUUUGGCUAGCAACAAGAUUGAAUCACUUCCUCCAUAUAUUUUUAAGGAUCUAAAGGAGCUUUCACAACUGUAA